AUAAAUAUGAUGGAAUUAUAUCUUUCCUCCUCAUCUUCGUCGUCUUGUUGACAUGUGUUUUAUUUAUAUCCAUUUUUGUUAUUUUUAAACACCUUUGUUUCUCUCUCUCUAAUACUCUCAGAUUUAACGCCUUUCAAAAACCACCCCUUACCGUCCAUUUUCUGCUGGUCUCUGUCCGCCGUCACCGCCACCACCACGACAUACAAAUAUAACAGAAGAAGAAGAAGAAGAGUAAUUGAUUGAUUAAAUAUCAAGUUUUUGGUUGAGAAAGAAGAAAAGCUGAAUUAAAUAUAAGAAAUAGUAUUAUUAGAGAUGGUAGGGUCUACGGUUGUGGCUACAUGGUUAGUAGCCGCCUGCAUGUCCGUUUCAUCAUCUGCUAGUGUUAGUAACAAGAGCAGCAGCAGGAGGAGGCUCAUACCAAAAGCUAAAGCUAAUAAGGCUAAAGCUGCUGCGGUUAGUAUUAGUAAUAACCAAUUAGUAUUAGCAGCAGCAGCAGCAGGAGGAGGUUUUAUGUCGUCGUCGUCUUCUUGUUGUUAUAGUUUAAGUUUAACUCCAUGCCAUCAUCAUCAUCAUCAUCAUCAUCGUCGUCGUCCUCGUUCUUCAGGUGGCGAGGCAAUAAUGGCUAUAGCCAUUCAACCUUCAAUGGAGGAGGAGGAGAUGAUAACUAAAAAGAAACCCCCAACUAAACAAAGGCGAGUGGUUGUGACUGGGAUGGGUGUGGAGACCCCCAUUGGCAACAACCCUACUGAUUUCUACAAUAAUUUGCUCGACGGUGUCAGUGGCAUUUCUCAGAUCGAGGCCUUUGAUUGUUCCACCUAUCCCACCCGCAUUGCUGGCGAGAUCAAAAAUUUCUCCACUAAUGGAUGGGUCGCACCAAAACUCUCCAAAAGGAUGGACAGGUUUAUGCUCUACAUGCUUACUGCUGGCAAGAAAGCCCUUGCAGAUGCCGGCAUUACUCAACAUCAUAUGGACCAUGACCUUGACAAGUCCAGAUGUGGGGUUCUUAUUGGCUCCGCUAUGGGCGGUAUGAAGGUUUUCAACGAUGCCAUAGAAGCUUUGAGGGUUUCCUACAGGAAGAUGAAUCCCUUCUGCGUACCCUUUGCGACUACCAAUAUGGGCUCUGCAAUGCUGGCUAUGGACCUGGGAUGGAUGGGUCCAAACUACUCCAUUUCUACAGCCUGUGCAACAAGCAACUUCUGCAUAUUGAAUGCAGCAAAUCACAUCAUUAGAGGUGAAGCUGACAUGAUGCUUUGUGGUGGCUCGGAUGCUGUCAUUAUACCUAUAGGAUUGGGAGGAUUUGUGGCAUGCAGAGCUUUAUCUGAGAGGAACAGUGAGCCUGCUAAAGCAUCUCGCCCAUGGGAUUCGGGCCGUGAUGGAUUUGUUAUGGGAGAAGGAGCUGGAGUCCUAUUGUUGGAAGAACUUGAGCAUGCCAAGAAAAGGGGUGCUAAAAUCUAUGCAGAGUUUCUUGGUGGAAGCUUUACUUGUGAUGCUUAUCAUAUGACAGAACCUCAUCCCCAAGGUGCUGGUGUGAUCUUAUGCAUAGAGAAGGCAUUAUCUCAGGCUGGGGUGGCAAGGGAAGAUGUGAACUACAUAAAUGCACAUGCUACUUCAACACCAGCUGGAGACCUUAAGGAAUACCAUGCGCUUCUUCAUUGUUUUGGCCAGAACCCAGAGCUGCGAGUGAACUCUACAAAGUCUAUGAUAGGUCACCUCCUAGGAGCAGCUGGUGCUGUGGAAGCUGUUGCAACUAUACAGGCAAUACGAACAGGUUGGAUUCAUCCAAAUAUUAAUCUUGAAAAUCCAGAUGAAGGCGUGGACACGAAAGUACUGGUGGGUCCAAAGAAAGAGAAACUGGAAGUCAAGGUGGCCUUGUCUAAUUCAUUUGGAUUUGGGGGGCACAAUUCGUCAAUAUUAUUUGCGCCUUUCCAAUAGUUGGUGCUGCAGACUACUUUAAGCAUGCCUACAAGCAAUUUGGAUUUUUUUGUUUAAACAGUGGUCGAGAAAGAGAAACAAUGGAAGAUUGAGGGCAAAUUAUACAGCUGCUAACUGUCACCUUUCUUGUAUUAUCCCAUCUAAUGAUGACCUUCACCUUGACUGUUGGUUCCAUAUGUACUUUGUCACUUCUUCCAAGAUGAAUAUAUUGUUGAAUUUUUAAUGAUGUUAUGUUCAAUUGUUUGAAUUGUGUU